AUGGGCUGGCUGGAGCGCCUCCACGUAGAGGAGUGCGCCGCCGGCUUUGACAGGCGAUGGGCGGUCAAGAAGGCUGGUGAUGCUGCGGGCUUCCGCUUCAUCACAGACCCGGCGACGGGGGCAGCGCAGAUCCUGCUGCAGGGCAUGGGGCCCAAGCUGCUCCUGUCGGAUGCAUCCACUGGCCAGCAGCCCCUGCUGCGUUGGCGGCUGGUCGUGCGAGGCAACACGGCAGUGGAGUUUGGGGUCGUCCCAGCGGACAUGCAGUACGCCACCGUGGCAGAAGAGGAGCAGGUCAAGGUGCACAAGGCGCUGCACAAGUGCCGCCACCCCGACGGCUCCGAGUUCCGGGAGAGCGUCGGCUUCAGCAGCGCCAUCACUGUUGGCAGCCUGCUGCCCUUCAAGGUGCCGCUGAUGAAGGGCAGCGUGGUCGAGGUGCUGGCCACGCGCGGGCGCUUUGAGUUCCUGGUUCUCAACCCGCCAGACGCGCAAGAGCUCUUUUGGUCAGGCGCUGGCCACCACGCACGCACAGUGCCCAAGCCCUACAAAGGCCCCAGCCGCUUUGCCAUGGAGCAGUCGUUUGACCCCAGCCAGGACGUGAGACUGGCGCUGACGUGCUGGGCGCAGGGCGUCUUCGACAUGCUGCACCCGCAGCCCGCGCCAGACUCGGCGGGUGCAGCUGUCACCUGUGUCAAGCGGAAUGCGUCAAUGGUGGCGGCAGCGGCAGGCCUGUCUGGCGCCUCGCCGGCGGGCAGCGGGGACAGCAGUGGUGCCGGUGUGAGUGGCAGCGGUAUCCGCGCAAGCGGCAGCGGCAGCGGGCCUGGCCCAAGCGGCAGUGGUGCAAGUGGCAGCAGCAGUGGUGCCACAGGCAUGCAGCUCAAUGCGGCCUCAACGUUGGCCCUGAGGCUGCGAGAGCGCUGCGAGCAGUUGCAGGGGUCGCGCCUCUCCCCGGGGCCCGCUGCGCCACUUGCCCAGCAGCAGCAACAGCAGCUGCGACAGCAACUGUUGCUGCAGCAGCACCAGCAGCAGCAACAGCAGCAGCAGCAGCAACAGCAACAGCAGCAGCAGCAGCAGCAGCAGCAGCAUCUUUCAGGCGGCGUGGAGGUUGUGGACUUGUCAGACAUGCCUGCGUCACCCUCAGACCACAGCACUGGUGCACUGUGA